AUGCGGCCUGUAGUGUCAUCAGGGGUCCUGCUGCCUGUAGUGUCAUCAGGGGUCCUGCUGCCUGAGGUGUCAUCAGGGGUCCUGCUGCCUGAGGUGUCAUCAGGGGUCCUGCUGCCUGAGGUGUCAUCAGGGGUCCUGCUGCCUGUAGUAUCAUCAGGGGUCCUGCUGCCUGUAGUAUCAUCAGGGGUCCUGCUGCCUGAGGUGUCAUCAGGGGUCCUGCUGCCUGAGGUGUCAUCAGGGGUCCUGCUGCCUGUAGUGUCAUCAGGGGUCCUGCUGCCUGUAGUGUCAUCAGGGGUCGUGCUGCCUGUAGUAUCAUCAGGGGUCGUGCUGCCUGUAGUAUCAUCAGGGGUCCUGCUGCCUGUAGUGUCAUCAGGGGUCCUGCUGCCUGUAGUGUCAUCAGGGGUCCUGCUGCCUGUAGUGUCAUCAGGGGUCCUGCUGCCUGUAGUAUCAUCAGGGGUCCUGCUGCCUGUAGUAUCAUCAGGGGUCCUGCUGCCUGUAGUGUUAUCAGGGGUCCUGCUGCCUGUAGUGUCAUCAGGGGUCCUGCUGCCUGUAGUGUUAUCAGGGGUCCUGCUGCCAGAUGUCACUUAUGCUGCGUUCAGACCAAACGCGAUUUCUGCGGCCAAAUCGCGUCUAUCGCGCGGCUUGUGA